AUGCCUUCCACUCCCUCCACAAUAGGGGACUUCGCCAUCCUCCCCCUUUCCAUCCCACCAUUACCCGCUUUCCCGCAACAUGCCAUCCACUACCUCUACGUCCGGCGCAAUGCGCCCAAGAUGCCGACCGCGACCGACGCCCGCAGCCUCUUCCUCACCAAUGUGCCCGUCGACAGCACAGAAUCCCACCUCCGCGCGGUGUUCACCACACUAGUGGGCGCAGGCCGAUUCGAGGGCGCGACAUUCGAGGACGAGCGCAAGGAUGCGUAUUCACAAGGCGCCCAGUCGCCUAUCGACGCUGCGCAGCCCGCCCAUGCUGCCAAACUGCUCCAGGCUCACGGCAAGAAACGGAAGCGCGAGGACGAGGCCGCGGCAGAGAGGGCACGGGAAGAGGAGGCGGCGCGUUUGCCCAGCACGUGGACACGGCCGCUGCGUCGGAGUGGUAGCACGGCAGUGGUUCUGUUGGCGGACGAGAAGAGCGUAGAGCAGGUGCUCAAGGCGAUUGCAAAGACACACAAGACGAAGAAGUACCCAGCCUGGGGCGGGGGUAGCGGAAGCGGUGGGCUGAAAAUCCCGCCGCUGGGCUCGGUCUGGCUCAAGACGCACAACCGACUCUCCUACCCUGACAGCGCCACGCUCCAAGCAUCUGUCGACGCUUUCUCUACAUUAUUCGCGCGGCGCGAGCAAGAAGCGGCCGAGAUCGCCAAACGGCUACGGAACGAGCCAGACGAGGACGGGUUUGUCACGGUCACGCGGGGUGGGCGGUCCGCGCCGGCGAGCCGGAACGAAGCGGAGGAGGCCAAGCGCAAGAUGCUCGCUAAGCAGGAGAAGAAGAAGGAGGAGCUUACAAAUUUCUACCGGUUCCAGCUGCGCGAGCGCAAGAAGGAGGAACAGGCCGAGCUGCUGCGUCGGUUUGAUGAUGACCGAAAAAAGCUGGAGGCGAUGCGGGUUAAGAGGGGGAAGUUUGUGCCGGAAGCAUGA